UUUAGUUUCAUCGCUUUCAUAUUUAAAGACUCAAUGAGUCUUUUAUGCUCAAGGCUUGCAGCAAUUUCCAUUGCUGCUAUUUUCAUCAUAAUAUGCCAUCUGACAGCCACAGCGCCAGCAGCAACAACAAUGGGCGUAGGUCGCCAAGACGAAAUUCAUCAGAGGGUCCACGUAUUGAAUAGACGGGCAAAUCAUGACCCUACGCAAGUUGUUCAAGCCUCUUCCCAAGAUGACGAUGAAGGCGAUGAUGAAAACGACGACUAUGAAGAGGACGAGGAUACCGGGGGGCACAUUGCAGAACGUAAUUCGGUUCCCAUGGGCUACAAAAUCGUGAUUUUGGUACUCCCAGAUGACCUGUACGUUGAAAAUAGAUGCCAAACAUUUUCAAUGUUUUCAUCUAUAUCGUGCAAUGAAGAUGAUCAGAAUCGGAUUUUCCCUGUUAAAUCGCAAUUCAAAAGUCGUUCUCAACCGCAAGCAGACGUAGAGCAAACAACAACGCCAGCUGCAAGUCAAAUUGACGAUGCUACUAGUGCAAGGGCAGGCUUAGUCUUUGCAAAAAUUGAUAUAGGUGGCCUAAUACAUGACCUUUUAGGCGGAUUCGCCCAACAUGAAGUGCAAACAACAACGCCAGCCGCAAGUCAAAUUGACAAUACUAUUAGUGCAACUAAAGACGUUUCAGGAGCAGGACUUGAUAUAUCCCGAAUGGUUGGAAAUAUUUUAGGGGGAUUUGGCUCUUUAAAUGAUGUGAAUCCUACUGCUAGUACGGAUACUACAAAAACUACCUUGACAACAAUUGAGAGAUCAACUAGCCAAGGCGAAGUGAGAAACUUGUGGUCGGUCAAGGAUAUUGACUUGGUGAAAAAACCAACUCGACCUGAUGUCUACAGAUGGAGGAAGGAAGACUUUGAUCCCGAUUUGCGAUUCGAUGUAGUAACUCUGGCAGCGGAUUAAUCAAAAGUGAAAUAGUUUCAUUUGAUUGUUCAGUUAUUUAGGUUUCAUUGCAAAUUUGUUUGCAGUUCAUAUUGAAAAGUUAUUAAGUGUGAAAUGAUAUUAAAUUACAUGGUAAAAAAUUUACAAAAUUUAAAUAAUACAUAUUUGCGUGACUUUCUUUUAUGCAGCUAGCAAAUUAAUAAAAUAACCGAAAAUAACUUAGAUCACCACGUACCAUAUCAUUAUAAACCAAUUCUUAUGAUGACUGGAAUUUAACGGAUAGCAAACACUUUUACUUGUAUUGUGACCAAAUGAAGCAAUGAAAACUUGAGGAAAACUUCAUACACGUCAAAUAGUAAAACUUAAGUGCUGAUUUUGAGAAUUUUUCAUCCACAGGAAAUUGUAAAAAAAGACUUAUGAUUAGAUCAAGAUCAUCACAUUAUUUGAUUGAUUGAAAAAUUAUUUAUUACUCAAUGAGUA